ACGGGGGCGGGGCUGAGCGCGCAGGCCCAGCCCUGCGAGGCUUAGCUCUGCGGUCCCCUCGGCAGUUCCUGUGCCCCUAGGCCACAAGGCGUGGAGACUCGAAGGCAGGAGCCAGGGCCGGUCAGAGGCAUCGGGGUCCUGGACGGCGCAGCCGAGCUGCAGGCGCCACCAUGGAGCCAGGCAGCGUGGAGAACCUGUGCGUUGUAUACAGGAGCCAUGACUUCCUGGUGGUGAACAAGCACUGGGACGUGCGCAUCGACAGCAAGGCUUGGCGGGAGACGCUGACCCUCCAGAAGCAGCUGCGGCACCGCUUCCCAGAGCUGGCUGACCCUGACACCUGCUACGGGUUCAGGUGUGCAGGAAUGGGGCACAGGUUCUGCCACCAGCUGGACUUCUCCACCAGUGGGGCGCUCUGUGUGGCCCUGAACAAGGCGGCCGCAGGCAGUGCCUACAGGUGCUUCAAGGACCGGCGGGUCACCAAGGCUUAUCUGGCGCUGGUGCGGGGGCACAUCCAAGAGAGCCGGGUGACCAUCAGCUAUGCCAUCGGCAAGAACAGCACAGAAGGCCGGACCCACACCAUGUGCAUUGAGGGCACACAAGGCUGUGAGAACCCCAAACCAAGCCUCACAGAGCUGGUGGUCCUGGAACACGGGCUGUACGGAGGUGAUCCUGUCUCCAAAGUACUGCUGCAGCCUCUCACAGGCCGGACACACCAGCUGCGCGUGCACUGCAGCGCCCUCGGCCACCCCAUCGUGGGAGACCUGACCUACGGCCAGGCCUCCAGUCGGGAGGACCAGCCCUUCCGCAUGAUGCUCCAUGCCUUCUACCUGCGCGUCCCCACGUGCACGGAGCGCGUGGAGGCCUGCACACCCGACCCCUUCGUGCCUGCCCUUGAUGCCUGCUGGAGCCCCCACACCCUGCUGCAGCCCCUGGACACGCUUGUCCAGGUCCUGCAGGCUGCCCCAGACCCUGGCCCCACAGAAGGGGGCGCCGGACCCUGCAGCCCCUCUGCACCCCUGCCUGGGCCAGGCCAACCCCCACUGCCUCCUGCCAAGCCCCCUGAGACAGAGGCACAGCGGGCCUCGUGCCUGCAGUGGCUGUCGGAGUGGACGCUGGAGCCGGACAACUGAGAGUGGCAUGAUGGGUGGGGGUGGCAGGCCGGGCCCCCGAGGCAGGCGGGGUGGGGGGGGCUGUAGGUGAGAGCCCUGGACCUACCCCUGCAGCGGCCAGGCCUGGAGAGGGGCCGGCAGCAGGAGCCCUGCAGCCACGAUUCCAGAGGAUGGAGUUCUUAGGCUGUGGGUCCCCCGUGGGCCUUUCUCCCAGCAACCCACCCAACCGGCCUCAGAGCGCCUCCCAAGGUCUAGAGCCUCAUUCCGAGGGGCCGAUGUGUAGACUUGAUCGGGGCCACCCUAGAAGAGGUGCGCCAGGACCUGGGCCAGCCUCAAGGUGGGCUCCUCUUGGGCCCCCAGCCCAUACCCCAGUGCGCCCUGCUGCCCACUGCUCUGCUUGGACCCUCUGCGCCCUCACCCCAGCCUGGCCAGGUCUGCACCUGCAGACCUCGCGCCUCCCUGCCAGGCUGGUCCUACCUUGUGCCUUUGCUUCUGCCAGACGCUGCUCCCUGCACUCGCAUCCUGAGUGUCUCACGCAGGUGGAUGUGGCCCCACCCUUGGCCCCCACCUCCCAGGCCAUCCCUCCAGACCUGACACCAGUGCUGCCCCUGGGGGGGGUCUUCUGGGCCCCUAGUUGUCGCCGCUGCCUCCGCUGCCUGCCUGGAAGUGCCCAGGAAGCCACGGGUCAUCAGACCUCACCCCAGGAGCAAGGGUAGCCAGCCCCCGCCUCCGCCAUCCCACAAAACAUUCUCACACGGCCCUGGCCAGAGCUGGGCUCCGAGGACUGGGAAUAAACGCUCAGUGACUGAC